CGCAUGCGCGGGGCGGGGCGGCCGGAAGUGCGGCGGAGGGCGCGGGGCGCCCAUGGGGCUCCUUAAAGGCGCCGCCGCCGCCGUUCCGCCCGCCGGUCCCGGAGGGACGCGCCGAGCCUGGCUGGAAUGAGCAGGGGGACAGUGCCAUGGCUGAGAAGGUGUCACCGAGCCCCGGUGGGGACAUCACGCCUCUGCAGCAGAUGCUGGCCUCGGGGACAGGGGCCAUCCUCACCUCCCUGUUUGUGACGCCGCUGGACGUGGUGAAGAUCCGGCUGCAGGCCCAGAGGACUCCCUUCUCCAAAGUGUUGGCAGUGCAGUCAGUGCCCUGGGGCACUCAGCCGGCCACAUGGAAGUGUUUCCUGUACUGCAACGGGCUCAUGGACCACCUGUACGUGUGCCAGAACGGCAACGGCUGCAGCGCCUGGUACAGGGCUCCCGGCCACUUCAGCGGCACGCUGGACGCCUUUGUGAAGAUCACACGCAAUGAGGGCAUCAGAUCCCUGUGGAGUGGCUUGCCCCCCACCCUGGUGAUGGCUGUGCCAGCCACCGUCAUUUACUUCACGGCCUAUGACCAGCUGCGGGACUACCUGCACGCCCGGGCGGGGGGCUGGAGCCCCUCCAUCCCCCUGCUGGCUGGGGCCCUGGCCAGGCUGGGCGCUGUGACCGUCAUCAGCCCGCUGGAGCUGAUCCGCACCAAGAUGCAGUCCCAGCAGCUCAGCUACCGCCAGCUGCGCCUCUGCAUCCGCUCGGCGGUGGCGCAGGACGGCUGGCUGUCCCUCUGGAGGGGCUGGGGCCCCACCGUGCUGCGGGACGUGCCCUUCUCGGCUCUGUACUGGUUUAACUACGAGCUGGUGAGGACGUGGCUCUGCAGGCAGGCCUGGCUGGACGGGGCCACCUUCACCGUCAGCUUCAUAUCCGGGGCCGUCUCUGGCACGGUGGCUGCGGUGCUGACGCUGCCCUUCGACGUGGUCAAAACCCAGCGGCAGAUCGAGCUGGGAGACAGUGAGGUGCACCCAGUCAAAGCCUCCAAGCCUUCCUCCACCUGGCAGUUCAUGCAGAGGAUCCAUGCUGAGUCUGGCACCCGGGGGCUGUUUGCAGGGUUCCUGCCCCGUGUCAUCAAGGUGGCUCCUGCCUGCGCCAUCAUGAUCACCACCUAUGAAUUUGGCAAGAGCUUCUUCCAGAAGCUGAACCAGGAGCAGCAGCUGCGGGGCCUGUGAGCGGGCCUGGGGCAGGGCUGGAUGUGGCCGUGCCCAGGGGACAGUGUCCCCUGGUGUCCCAGGUGUCCAGGAGCUGUGCAGAGCCCAAGUGCCUUCGUUCCUGCUCUGCUGCCCGCACACGGAGCCAGGGCCAGCAGCCACUCCGGGGGACCCUGUGCCUGCUGCUGAGACACUGGGGGGAAAUGGAGCCCCCCACACCCAUCCCUUGGGGCUGGACUGAUGCUGCUGCUGGAAUCGUGGGCAGGGGCAAGGAUGGGUGUCCCAGGAGCCUUGGCCUGGCAGGAGAUGGAGCUGGGGCUCUGGCAAGGACCAAACCCCAGACCUUGGGGGCUUCUCUGCCUGCCCGGACCCCCCCAGCCCUGCUGUGCCUGGGGACCUGCCCUCCUGACCAUCACUCACACAGCCUGGCCUCGCUGGCUCUGCAUGCCUUGGGGACACGUCAGGACCCUCUCGCUGCCUCUGGACCUCUCCUCCACUCGGGCUGUCCCUGACCUUGGCUGGGACAGACCCUGUGUGGGGACAGACCUCACUGCUGCUCCGGGGGGCUGCUGUGGCCCCCCUGCCCCAUCCCUCACUGCAAGGGCACUGCCCCCUGACCCCGGGACUCAUGGAGGGAAUUCCUCCUCAUUUCUUAAAUAAAAUUAUUGUCUCUUA